UUUGACGAUACAAUCAAAUAUAAACGUCGAAACAUUUGGUUAUCCUCUUGUCAUUUGUCAUUUAAAAAAUUUCGAAUCCAAAACUUCUGAGAAAAUUCGCAGAGCACGUAACUUUUAGAAGAUUCUUGUUAAAAAUUAUAUUUUUUGUGUACUUUGGGAACCAGAAAAAUCAUGACGGCCGACCACAAUGCCAAGCCAAAGACGAUUCUGAACAGUCAACAUGGUAGGAACAACGCAAGGCGUUUAAAGUUAAGACAAUCACAGGUAGUUAAGGAGCAGGAACAGGUCGUGAUGCAACCGAAACAGGAAGUGGAUGAACCUGUGUUUGCUCCCAAAAGAUCCUAUCGUCCUAAAGUCCUGAGGCCUUCGGCAAUUCGCCGGAUCUGCAGCAUGCCAGCGAGAAAGUGCAAUUCAAAAGAUGAGGCCAAGGUGAUGUAUUUCAAUCAUGAUUUCGGUAAAUGCAGUCAAGCCGUUUGCCACGAGGACAUUUUUCAUGAUACCGAAGUUUGCAAGAUGCACAAAGAGAAGAAAAAGCCAAAGCCAAAGCCAUCGAUUGCCAUGAGGAAGCAUCUAAGUCGUAUUGUCAGGAAAUCAGCUAGGAACUCGGCAAUACCCAAGAGCAAGAUCAAUAGAGCAAUAUCCAAGAAAGCCACAAAACCAUCUCCAAAGAGUUCUACUAAUGAACUAUGACUUAAUGAACUCCUCUGAUCAUGAUAAUAUCGGAAACAAUAAGCCUAUCGAAGGAAGCAACUGUGAAGAAAAUCUUGUAUUUUGUAUAUUUUAAGUGAUGAAAUAUGCAUCCUGAGAAUAAAGUUUUAAACCACGA